UGAGAAUUCCUCCAUACCUGUCUGAACAGGGAGAGUUGGGCCGCCGUGGGGCAGAUGAAAGAAAGAAGGCAGGGAAAAAAGAAAAGAAAUCAAGAGAGAGAAAGAAAGUAGGAGGAACAAAAGGUCCAUAUUUAAAGAGCACAAACAGGAAAGAGGCGUUAAAGACAAUUUGGGGACGGACAUAGAACAGGAGGCAAGUUUAUCAAGGUGUCAAGGCUUCAUAUUUGCUUUUUUCCCGUUUCCCGCUGGGCUGUUUUUCAACUUUCUGAGACCUGUUGCUAUUUUGGUCCGUUAGUGUCGGAGUCGUUUGGGAUGGAUGCCAUCAUGCUGCAGGAAAAACUAGUGGAACGGCUGCUCUGCCCACGAGUGAGAACAGCCAGGCAGAAGGAGAAACAGUAUGUGGGUUUUGCAACUCUGCCCAACCAGGUCCACAGGAAGUCUGUGAAGAAAGGCUUCGAUUUUACGCUGAUGGUUGCAGGAGAGUCUGGUAUGGGUAAAUCCACUCUGGUCAACAGCCUGUUCCUCACAGAUCUCUACAAAGACAGGAAGUUACUGAAUGCUGAGGAGCGAAUUAACCAAACUGUGGAGAUCAUCAAACACACUGUAGACAUCGAAGAGAAAGGAGUCAAGCUCAAACUGACCAUCGUAGACACGCCAGGGUUUGGAGACGCCGUCAACAACAACGAGUGCUGGAAGCCAAUCACAGACUACAUAGAUCAGCAGUUUGAGCAGUACUUCAGGGAUGAGAGUGGACUGAACCGAAAGAACAUCCAGGACAACAGAGUCCACUGCUGCCUCUACUUCAUCCCUCCAUUUGGGCACGGGCUGCGUCCAGUGGAUGUUGAGUUCAUGAAGGCUCUGCACGAAAAAGUGAAUAUUAUUCCACUCAUUGCAAAAGCCGACUGCCUCACGCCCAAUGAGAUCAAAAAGCUCAAAGACCGAAUACGAGAAGAAAUAGACAAAUUUGGCAUCAAAGUAUACCAGUUCCCAGAAUGUGACUCUGAUGAGGAUGAAGAGUUUAAACAACUUGACAAAGAGCUGAAGGAGUGCACCCCGUUCGCCGUGAUUGGCAGUAACACGGUGGUGGAGGCUCGAGGGCAGAGAGUGAGAGGGAGACUGUACCCGUGGGGGAUUGUUGAAGUGGAGAACCAGUCGCACUGUGACUUUGUGAAACUGAGGAACAUGCUGAUUCGUUCGCACAUGCACGACCUGAAAGACGUGACCUGUGACGUCCACUAUGAAAACUACAGAGCGCAGUGCAUACAGGAGAUGACCAGCAAACUGGCUCAGGACAACCGUAUGGAGAGUCCCAUCCCCAUCCUGCCGCUCUCCACCCCAGAUGUGGAGACUGAGAAACUCAUCAAAAUGAAAGAUGAGGAGCUGAAGAGGAUGCAGGAGAUGCUGAAUAAGAUGCAGCAGCAAAUGCAUGAGAAAGACCAGUGAUGACUCCUGGAGCAGUGCUGGGCUGCAGCGCCGCCUGCUGUUUCUCUCCUGAACGACAGUGAGACCUUCAGACGUUGAAAGUGGAUAUCGUGUGUUAGUGGCAACUCUGGCUGUACAUUUAUCCUCAGUUUGGUGCUUUGUAUAGUUUGUCUGCCUGGAGGGUUGUGUGUCUUUUUCUCUGAAACUAUCCAUUUGCCCACUUUGAGCCCCUUGCUGUGGUUUAACAGUCUUUAACAUAUAUAAUAUAAAUACGUAAUUUAAAUUACUACUCAUUUUAUCUAAUUUAUAAAUGCAAUGCUAAAACUUUUGGAUAUUUUGUCAGGGUAUGGACAGGGUAUGUGUGCUCCAAUGUAUUUUGUAAAAAAAAAUUUAGCUUGUUGGUGAUGUUUAAAUUGGAACAUCGUUUUUUUGUUUUUUUGUUUUUUUUUUUUAUUCUGAGUGUGUAUUUGGGUGCGUGAGCUUCUGUAUUUCGUGAGAUUUUCUCUGAUAUCAUCUCACCAGGUAUCCGUCCAUAAAACUCCCUUUUGACAUCACUUUUGCUAAAAUCCAACUUUUGCCCUCUUGUACUACAUUCAUGCGACAUUUGUUUUCUCAUAUGGCAAGUCAAAAUAUCCUCUCCCAGCAUUUUUAUUCAUGUGCUGGCAGAGCUGAAAAUGCACUUAUUGCCAGUGGUUAACUGUGAAUGGAGAGUCUUUGACAUAUCGAGAGGGUUGGUGCAUGUGCGAGCAUGCUGCCAUUACUCAUAUCUGCUAAAUGCUGUGGGCCUAUUUUUACUGCUUUGUAGCCGAUGCCCUGUAUUCUGUAUUAAACUGCAUCAUGACUUGCAGUAUGCUUUGUUGCCACGAUGAGAUGGUAAAAAUAGAUCAACACUGAGGAGCAAAUACUUUGUCUAUGCUUCUGUUUUUUCUCCUUGGAAGUGAGUUACUGCAUUCUGCCAGUGAAGAUGUGUAUUCUGUGAGUGAUUUAAGUUCAUUUGAGAGAGUAAGUGAAUGUGUGUGUGUGUGUGUGUGUGUGUGUGUGUGUGUGUGUGUGUGUGUAUGUGCGUGUCUGUUUAGGCUGAUGCUGAGGACCAGAACAUAUUUUGCCUGAAGGCUGUGAGCUCAGCCUGUGAGCCUGUGCCCCGUUUAUAAAGGUGUGACAAAUAAACUCGCGUUUCUCGUCAAAUCUGC